AAAAGGGAAAAACAAAGUGAGAAGAAGAGAGGAGGACGAGCUCGCGGGCCCAAAACCCUAAGACCCGCGGACUCCUUGGCGGCGGCGGCGAUGGCGGACGGCGGCGGAGAAGGGGUUUCGCCGUCGGCGGCGCUCAAGGAUCAGGGGAACGAGCAGUUCAAGUCGGGGAGCUACCUCAAGGCCGCCGCGCUCUACACGCAGGCCAUCAAGCUCGACCCCGACAACGCCACCCUCUACAGCAACCGGGCUGCAGCUUUUCUGCAGCUGGUUAAGCUUAGCAAAGCACUUGCUGAUGCUGAGACAACAGUCAAGCUGAAGCCAGAGUGGGAGAAGGGUCAUUUCAGGAAAGGUUGUGUUUUGGAGGCCAUGGAGCGCUAUGAAGAGGCAAUAUCUGCUUUUGAGAUAGCUUUACAGCUAAAUCCACAAAAUACAGAAGUCUCGAGAAAAAUCAAGAGGCUUUCUCAGUUGGCAAGGGAAAAGAAGCGAGCUCUUGAUGUAGAGAGCAUGCGUUCGAAUGUUAACGUUGGGAAGAACUUAGAAUCACUGAAAACCGAGUUGGCUGCAAAGUAUGGAGAUGUAGAAACAGGGCAGAGUAUCUUUUCAUUUGUUGUUAAUGUGAUAGAAUCAGCAAUCAAGGCUUGGCAUGACACAGGAAAAGUGGAUCCAAGGGUCAAUUUUCUUCUCGAUGAUCAGAAGACUAAUACUCAAAAAUAUGCCCCAGUGGUUAACGUUGACAAGGCCUUUGAGUCACCCCAAACUCACAGUGAAUGCUUCACAUUUUUGCGGCAAUAUGCGGAGGAUUCUUUUGCGAAGGCUGCUUGUAUGGUGGCACCUAAGACCAUCAUCUCCUAUCCACAGGUCUGGAAAGGGCAAGGAUCCAGAAAAUGGAAGCUUGACCAGAGUGAUGGGUUCUUUGUACAAUUUGAAUCACCAGCUCUAAGGAAGAUAUGGUUUGUGCCCAGCACAAAAGAAAAGGGUCGAACAUUGUGCAGGAGCCCUGAGACCUUGGACAUCGGCAUCCAUGAGGUCAUCCCCAGGAUAUUCAAGGAAGGCGACCCUCAAACCUGAGAGGCAAAUGAACAAGGCUGAACUUGUGAUUGGUACCCGGCUCGGCUGAAAUGGCAGGGUGUUUCUGGGAAUGGUAAGAAGAGGGCGCUCCAAACUCUGUAACAAGUGGAAUCGAUCUACAAGGGGUUUUCUGUGCACCGAGGGACCCAAAAAAUUUUGCUGCUCGAUCUGUGAUUGUCGCUGUUGUCUUUCCUGUGUGUACAAAAAAGCCUGCGGUUGUGCUGCGAUUUCAUAUUUUCCAUUGAUUGAAUCCGGCCAUUUGAUUUGUUAAGAACAGCGAGGUACCCGAAGGGAGGUUGGAGAUGUUUUCUAUGUA